UUACGACACUCAGUGAACAGUCUGUGUUUCUGCAUGCACUAUCGGUGUACCGGUCCGCUGCGAGGGAUUGUGCGCUCCUUUGCCUUCCAUAUUUACCACCCCUGCUUGCCUACCAACACUAACCUUCGGCACCCUCAUCCAGACGGCUGAAAGAAAUCAACUGGAGAACGAGGAGAACCCGCAAGCCGCUGGGGAUGCAAGAGGCUGAUAUUACUUUUUUUUCCCCCACCCAGAUGAGCUAAUGACAUGGAAUAUUGUCACAUAAGACAGCAGUGAACUGGGUUCACCUUCUUAUUUAUUUAUUUUUCUCCCGCCAGCAUCCAUCACUGAAAGCAUGAUUAACCGCUUGGAUGGAUUUAAACCUUACAAGUUAAUGACUGCUACCAGAGAUGGGCGAUAAAAUAUAUCCUCUCAGACCUGCUGAAACUUAAGCAAGUAAAGGAGAAGAAAGCAAACAUAUUUUUUAAAUGUACUCUUCUCCUCAUGAUCAUUGCAGCAAAGGACUGCGGAGGAGCUGAGUGGACCGAGCUCAUGCAUGCAGACUGAGGAACUUGCGCUUUCUACCAUCUCUUCACUUGGAUUCCUUCUCUUUCUGUCUCUUUCACUUGAGGAGAACUAAGACAUUGUAAGCCUGCCAAGGAUCUGGUGUCCACUGAAAGGAGAGAGGGGAGGGAGUGAUGGUGAAUUUGUACCACAGUGGGGUCCUUUUUAGAUCCGCACAUAAUUAGUGUCGGGGUACAAAGCGAGACGCUGAAUGGAGAUUGUCAGCUUUUGGAUAGGGGUGAGUAGGAAUCUUUUCAGAUAAAAUUGAUCCAUGAGGACAGUUUUUUUAUCCUUCCUCUCCACCCACCGUUUGAUCUAAAUCAUUAGCCGAGAUACUUUUUUUUUUUUUGUAUUUUGGACAAGGAUUUUCUUAGCUGACCUAAUGAGAACAGAACUGAUUUUGUAUUAAGAUAAAAUAAAAACAAAGGGGAACAAAACAAAAAACAAACAAACAAAAAAAACAUAUAAUGUGCUGCAUAUGAUUUGAUAGGUGGACAGACAAUAUCCAGAGUGAAUGGACAUUAGCUUGGUAAAAUCCCUGGAUAUUAAUGCUGAUGGAUUUCCUUUUAAUUGGACUGUAUUUAAAGUGGCCAGUGAAGAAGCCCCCUGGGUUGUUACUGUGUUCAUUGGUCAUUUUUUUAAGACUGUUUCCCAUGGUGGAGGGGGUUUGUCCGAAACUGUGCCGCUGCGACAGCAAGCUGCUGUACUGCGAAGGGUUGAAUCUCACAGACAUUCCCCAAAAUUUGAGCAGCGCCUUGGGCUUGUCAAUGCGAGAGAACAACUUGACUGAACUACGUGAAGGCCAACUGGUCGGGUUGUCACAGCUCACCUGGCUCUACCUUGAUCACAACAACAUUGACAUUGUGGAGGAGGCUGCCUUUGACAAGCUAAGGCGGGUAAAGGAAUUGGACCUGAGCAGCAACCGAAUUGAGAGUCUGCCAAAUGGUACCUUUAGGCCCCUCCCAAACUUGCGCAUCCUGGAUGUCUCAUACAACAGGCUGCAGGCCCUUGAGCCUGACUUGUUUCAUGGCCUUCGAAAGCUUACUAAUCUGCAUUUGCGCUACAACGCUCUCAAAUUUGUGCCAGUACGGAUUUUUCAAGACUGCCGGAGCAUGCAGUUUCUCGACUUGGGAUACAACCAACUGCAAAGUCUGGCAAGGAACUCCUUCGCGGGACUCUUCAAGCUGACAGAGUUGCAUCUUGAGCACAAUGAGCUAGUUAAAGUCAACCUCGCCCAUUUCCCUCGACUAAUCUCUUUACGCACCCUGUAUAUGCACAACAAUCGAGCAACUAUUGUUGUCAAUACCCUGGAAUGGACAUGGCAUUUCUUGGAAAAGAUUGACUUAUCUGCCAAUGAAAUUGAAUACAUCGAGCCACAUGUUUUUGAGGGUGCACCCAACCUCAAGGUGUUGAUGCUAGACUCCAAUCGCUUGACCUCUAUGGACCAACGCAUCCUGGAUUCAUGGUCCUCCCUAAACAGCAUUACCCUGGGAGGGAACGACUGGGAAUGCAGUCGCAACGUUUGUGCCUUGGCCUCUUGGUUGAGUGCCUUUAAAGGGCAACGUGACAAUUCACUACUGUGUUCAAGCCCAGACACUGCACAAGGUGAGGAUGUCUUGGAUGCUGUCUACGCUUUUCAGCUCUGUGACGAUCCCACACUGGAAGUUACCUCAGCAGGUCUGUAUGCCUCUACAAGGGACCUGGUCCAAGGUGGCUCUGUGUUCCUAGGCCCUUUUACCCCCAACCCGUAUGACGGUGAGGGCGGUGAAGUGGUCACCAGUUCUUUCACUGUCACAGUGGGACACGACGACCUGGAGAGCACCAUGCAGAUCCACAAGGUUGUGACUGGCACAAUGGCACUCAUUUUUUCCUUCCUCAUCAUUGUGCUUAUGUUGUAUGUGUCAUGGAAGUGCUUUCCAGCCGGAAUAAGACAAAUGAGGCAGUGUUUCAGCAGUCAGCGUCGUAAACAGAAGCAGAAGCAAAGCAUGCAGCAGAUGGCUACAAUUUCUACACCGGAGUACUAUGUUGACUAUAAGCCUAACCAUAUUGAGGGAGCCCUGGUAAUCAUCAAUGAAUAUGGCUCGUGUACUUGCCAACAGCAACCUUCUCGGGAAUGCGAGGUGUGACCUGAGGCUGAUAGCACGUUGUCACCCUUGAUUAAUUGACUACGAGAAAAGUAUUAGUAUUCUUUUUGUUACACUGGAACAAAGGAUUACAUGUAAAUUAUGGCCACACUUUAAACAGCUUCUCACUGUGAUAUGGAAUGAAUUUGCUUUAUGCAGCUGAUCAUUUUGCUGUGGAUUUCCUGCCGUUUCUUUACUGAUUUGAGCCAAAAUGGGCGCCUGACUUUUGGAACUGUUGAUGCAAUAGCAACACUGAGAGGAAUUCAUCUGAAGCUGCACACAUUUAUUUUUUUUCCCCCUGACUAAUGGAUAUUUUAGCUUUAAUGUGUCUUUCUACUACAGGAUGUGUAUUUAAACUGUGGACACACACGCAUACACACAUAAAAAUACAAAAUAAAAACAUUUGUAUAAUGGAAAACACUAUGUCACAAAGAUCUAACGUGUAUAAAACAUAUUUAAGUUGGAAUAAAAUUGUAAAGAUACAACUGUAAAAACAAAAAGAAGUGCAACUGUGGAUACAUCUGAUCAAGAUAUUUCUUUUGUAAACUUAAAAAAAAAAAUGUUUAAAUAAAUAAAUGGCUAUUCACAGAGAAUUUAUUUGUAUGUGAGACACUUAUCAGAAAGUAUUGAUGACAGCAUUGCUUGGUGUGCAAUAUCUCUGCAAUCCUCUGACCAAAAACAUAACAACAAAACUAGCUAUCAAACUAGAUGUGAAAGGGGCUGAGUGACGAGUGAAUCUAAUAUGUAAUAUCCAUGGUCUACUUUUUACCCACUCUAUUUUGCUCACGUGUGUUGCUUUAUGAUACACUGUGUCAGUUAAAUUGCAGUGUAGUUUGACCCUCUUUUGCUUCGAUAUAGCUUGAUCAAGUGAUUAUUUCGAUCAGUCGGCACACUUUUGUAUUAUAACGUGUACCAUCAAAGUAAAGAAAGAAAAACAUCAAAUGUAUUAAAUCUACGCCACUCGUUGCUUUCUCUUUUUUGGCUUUACCGGUGGCUUCACUAAAUCAAGCACAUGUGCCAUAUUCCAUCUAAGGCAGAUCUACUUAUAAUUUAAAUGCAGAUUUAAAUCACUAAAAUAGAGUAAUCCACCAGCUUCAAGGGAGAUUUGAACAUACAAUAUUAUGUGUUUUCAUGUUAUGUAAACUGUUUGUUGUACACAUCUUCAUGUGUAUAUAAAUAUAUAGAUAUACAUAUAUUGUAUACUGUAUAUAUACUUUUUUUGGUGUUGUGUACAGAUGUUUCAUUUCCUCUGUUGUUUGACAUGAGCUGCUGUAUUUUGUGAUAGUAGGUGGGGACUGUAAAAUGGAGAUGGAUGGUCUCAACAACUGCAGAAAGAGGGAACAGACUGCUCUCUAGUGUGCAUAUACUUACAGAGUGUGGAUGCCUUUUGCCUAUUGUACACUAGAGUCAAAUUCAACUCACACAGCAGGAGAAGGAUAUAAUGACUUUGCAAUGGAUUUUGUGGGUGUGUAUGGGGGGAGUGUCACAGCAUCAUUUGGUGUUAUUUUGAUAUAAAUUAAAAUUAUGUUUCCAAAGUGUCAUUCAGCAGGAAUAAAAAAAAAAAAAAAAGAAAAAAAACAGGACAAAACAAACGUGUUCUGUCAAGACAAUCUUUCUAAUAAAGGACAAAGGCCAUGCAUGAGUUUUGGACUAAAUAAGGCCAAUGGGAACACAGAGGUUCGCAUGCUACAUGCUCAGAAUUUUUACAGCAUUUCAUUGAAUUUGAGCAAUCACUUUACUUUUACUGAGAUCAUUACCAAUGACUGGAUUGGUUAUAAAACCAAUGUAAUUUACGGUAGAAGGCCGUGGUUUUGUAUGCAAGGAUGAAACAAAAAUGAUACAUAUUGGAUAAAAUAUAGUAUGUUUGGUAAUUACCAUUUUUCAGACUACAAGUCGCACCUGAAUAUAAGUCGCACACGCCCUAAAAUGGCCAACAAAGAGAAAAAAAAGGAAAACAUAAUAAGUCGCACCGGAGUAUAAGUUGCGUUUUUGGGGGAAAUUUACUUGAUAAAAUCCAACACAUACAACAGAUAUGUCAUCUUGAAAGGCAAUUUAAUAUAAAAAUAGAGAACAACAUGCUGAAUAAGUGUACAGUGUACAGUGUAUGAACAACGAAAUGCGAAUAUACUGUUCUCACCAGGACACUACGGCUCGGUCCUGGCUAUACAGCGAGCUAAACUCCCAAAUGACUAUGCUGGACGUCCGUAUAAUUUGCUGAAUCUAUUUUGUCCUUGAUACCAAACAGUUUCGCAUCAACGUAAAUAAAUGAUCAUUAGUAGAGGCACGUGAAAUUUCCAAUUCUUAAAUUAUUCGCGAUUCGGCCAUGGAAGAUUCGGGAAACGAUUCACAAACAUCCAAAUUCCGAUUAUUGAAUUAUACCAGGUAAAGCAGAACUAAAACACUGUUAGUGCGGUCUUCGGGACGCAAUGAAGAACGGACCGAGAGUAAAUAUUAUGUACAACUCAUGCCGCUAGAUAAAAAAAACAAUAAUACCUGAGUGCGGCCGACAGCUGCUUCAAACAAUGCCCAGUUGCUAGUUGCUACAAAAAUACGGACACAUACGGCUAUAAUAGAUAUCACAUAUAUGUAGAACUAGAUGGAAAUUGACAGACGACACCAGCGUAAAAAAAUUUAAAGAGAAGUAGAUGUGAAAUAACAGACUUGCAGUUUAGUAGUUGCCGCGUUGUAAACAUCUUAAAGCAGUAGACUUCUCUUGAAGGCUGUGUUGUAGCGAACCUAAAUAACGUUUUAUCUAAAAUACACCUAAAUCGGCAAAAUCUUGACUUGAAUCGAUCUUUAAAUGAAGAAACAGUUUUAAAACUUUGACAUGUCGAAAGUAGGCAGAAGGGAAAUUAUGGAAUAACGAUAUAAAUUAUAACAAUUUUAACGGUUCAUUCACAUCAAUAAAUUAAUUGAAUGUAGUUUAAAGCUGCUGAUUCAGAAUGGGGACUUUAUGGGGACAUUAUUUAAUUUACUGAUUUUACCUGUUAACCGAUUUCUACUGAUUUUAGCAAUUAACUUGAUAAUAAAAUAUUAGUUUGGUUUAACCUGAGAGUAUUUUUGAACAACUUUGGAACUGAUUGGGGGGGGGGGGGGGGGGGUAAAUAAUUGAUGAAUCGUUAGGUGCCCAAAGAUUCCCACCUCUAAUAGUUAGGUGCUAUUACAGCAAUGACACAAACGGUUAGCACAUCGUUCAAACAACCAUGCAACUGGCUCUAAGUGUCCGAUCGCGGUUGGAAAACACACAACAACAACAACAACAAAAAAGAUGAUACACACAGGCCUUGCCUCUGUAGAGAUAUUUUACAAGCAUAAACAAUGAACGUAGGUUCGCAGCCUUGUUUCUCUCUCGCUAACUCACCCACUCACUCAGAGCUGCGUAGCUGUCAGUCUUCUUCACAUACACAAGUGCGAGUGUGCCCCCACGUGGGCGUGAAAGCACCACAAACUCAAAGCAUGCAUUUCAAUAUAAAAAAAGUCAAUAAUACAAUUGAACACACAUUGCCAUAGGCAGGACGCGAACGUGGCCAUAGCUAUUAAGAGUUAUUGAGAUAGCUAUAGCAUAAAGAACAUGCUAACAAUUUUACCAAACCAUCAGUGUCACUCCAAAACACCAAAAUAACAUGUGAAAUGAUAUCAUAAUGUGUUAAUAAUUUCACACGUAAGUCGCUCCUGAGUAUAAGUCGCACCCCCAGCCAAACUAUGAAAAAAAAAAAAAAAAAACUUAUAGUCCGAAAAAUACGGUAUUACUUUUAAGUGGAGGGAAAUUAUUCUUUACAUCCUUCAAUAACAUUCUCAAAAUUAAGAUCUAUAAAAAGAAAGAACAUAUUUUAAGGAGUCCAACCAUGUCAAUUGGGUAAACAAUGAUUUGUACGAAAAACUGAAGGAAAAACUGUCUUAUGCAUAGUCAAAUCUACAACACCAUAACCCUUCUAAUGUUAAGGGAGUGAACUAUUCAACUUUGAGGUCAUUUUCCAGUGAACAUGUUUCAGAGAAGGAUAAUGGUUAUUAGUUGUCAUGUGAGAUUCAUGAUCCAGUUCAUAUUUGAUCAAUUUGAGGAAUUGGCUGUUAAUCAUAAGUUGAUACCCAGCAAGUGCGAACGGCUGCAUUUACAAUGGGAUUUAAGAAUGGGGAUAUAUAUCCAAAUUAUUCUCUCAUCAUCAUAUAUGUCAAGUAAUUUUGUCCUUACUUGUCCUUCAAGGUAUGUCACAGUCUGUUUGACAUGCAGUUGAUGAAUUUCAAGAGUGCAAAGUUUCAUUUGUAUGAAUAUUGGAUGGGAUCUGGCAUUGAGGGUAAUGUUGGCACCAUCAUUGCUUUCAGUUAAUUUUUUUUUUUUUUUAAAUAAGGGGUGGGAGCAAAAAGGUUAUGGAGAACAACUGAAUAUUUUAAGAGCUUGAAGUCAUAAGGACUGACAUUAAACUACUUUCAACUUGUAACCCUUGCUGUUCACCUUUACUUUCUCUUUCCCUUGUACCCGGCCGUUCACUGUUACUUUCAGACAAUAACAACUAUAAAUAUAGGGGGGGAAACACAACAGUCGGUAUAACCGACAACAGAUCAUAUCUCUGCUUGUCGAACGCUAGGGGUAAUAAUUCCCAGAGGGGAAAAUAUCUGUUGGCUGACAAGAUAAAUGAUGUUCAAUGAAAAUCAAUUGAGUUGAAUGGUGAACAAAAUACCUAGCAUGAUAAAUUACACCUCAGUAUUAUAUUUUUGAUAAAUAAUUGUAAUAAGAUCGAUUGCAUUUUAUUGUUUGACUAUUAACCCAAAAAGAAUAGUGCAGCCAAUUGACUCUGAGAGUGGAAGAGUGAUUGGGCUUGUGACUAUUUAACUUAGUUUAAGGAAAGGGUUGGCUCAAGGCCCAACAACUACGGUUUUAGCAAUAUUGUCUUGUCUGCAAAAGUACUCUUUCUAAUGCUCAGGCUCCAAAUGUCAAGUCCUUCCAGCUGAACAAUUGUCACCCUGCAACAACAUGGUAUUCUGAUGACUGUCUGACACAUGUCAUAUUUUACUUCUUAUUGAGCAUUAUGUGUUAUGAGCCCAGCUGCUUGCCAGCUGCAUGACAUACAAUAUGUGCUCAUUCGUAGUGUUACGUGUGCAUAACUGAGCACAUGUACAUGUAAUCAGCACAACAGACCCAGAAAUACUGUGAUGUAGGUCAAUAACGGGGCAUAUAAUGAGAGAAACAAUUGUAGGUUUACAAUGGGAUGCAACUACUGAUCCAAACAAUAAAGGUCACAGUAAUCCAGACCUGAAACGUGGUGAAACGAACAAAGACGAAGAUUCUGUUGAGUGUGAACGUAAUUUAAAAGGUCAAACAUUACAUGUCAAAGACCCUAAACAAUGCAAUUAGUCUGUCUAAGCAUGUAAUCCGAUCUUUGAGUUAGUUCAAGUACUACCAGUUUAAUAUGUUGGCAUAUGUAAUGUCUCAAACUGGUUGGAAAAAUGGACACAAUAGCUGCAAAUUAAUAAAAAAAUAGAUGCUAACGCUGAAGCUGUACUCUUGGCCCUAGCCAGUGCUCCAACCAUCCUCCAAACAGACUUGGCAUAUCAUAUUUUGACAGCUCGAUCUGCCGACCAAUUGUGAGUGUUUAACGAGCUGGAAGGGGUAACAGCUUUGUACCUCAGCGUGGGCGUUUAUGACAAAACGUCACUCUGCAGACAACCCAAUAAGAAACCGCUUGCAACAAACACCUUGACACAAAAACGAAAUCCUUGAAAAAACAAAUUAACCUAGCUUCCUGUGAGGGGUAUUGAUUGAGCAACAUUCUGCCGUGUCAUUGGGGCGAGGCCUGUGCUGCAUAAUAAACAUUUAACACCCCCUCAUAACUAGAUGCAGAGCUAAAUCACGGGUGGCAUGUACUGCAGUAGUCUGCAAGGAGAUGGUGAUGACGAAUGGCAAUGUGUGGGUGGCUUUGCACUGCUUCUUUUAUAACAGGUGGGUUAUAAUCAGGAUCAGCACGCUAAUAAUGAAUGGCACUGUGAACCCAAAACCAUGUCAGACCAUUUCUCUUAUUGUGCACUCCUGUGUAAAUGUCAUCUUCCUUUCACUACGAUAUUACUAGAUGAAAAAUCAAGGAAAGCCUUUUGUUUACAUACCCCACUAAUGCAUGCUGUGAAUAAAUUAAACGAAAUGAGCAUACGAAACAUACACUUUAAGCUUGCAGAAAUUGUCUUGUUUUGAAUAAUAACUAGAUUUGCAUUUACUGCAGUUCUCGUACAACAAUCCCUCCCCUCCUAUAAAAGGAGGAAACUGUCAGAAUAGUAACUUUAUUAAAAGAGACAAAGGUCCAAUAGGGGACUUUAAUUACAUUCAUUACUUGGGCUAAUUUUGCGGGCGGUCUAUAGCGAAUGCCUCAUUUACAUGCAGUAUGGGUGCCUCUGAAUAAAUAAUAAUCACGGAGGAGUCAUUAUUCUUACCUACAUAUGGCACAGUAGGUAGACCUGUGGCUGCUGCUGUGGAGGGUGAAAGUGCUAAGAGAAUGAGGGCAAGGUUGGAGGCUGAAUAUUCAUUACAAAGAGCCAGAUGAAGAUAAAGGUACUGCGAAUUAAUGGUCAUCAUUAUUGUUCAUCAGUAUGGUCAUUAUUAUACAUUAGGAGUUUUGUUUUGAAUUUACUAAGGCUAUGUCGAUUUUUACUAAUGCUUUGCCUCACACUUAAAAUUAAACAUCAGGGUCAGACUGUGCGAUAAUACGUGGCAACAGCUGGGUCUACAUCUGGGACUCUAUGUAACCAGUCUAAUAGCACAUGUGGGUCAGUCCCUAAUAUUCAGGGUAUUACGGUGGCUGAACUAAAAAGCUUUACCAAGGACUGAACUGAGGUUUUUAGUUUUAUCCAUUAUAAUCCAUACAUACUAAUAUAACUUUUGAUUUGAUUUACUUAUUUAUUUGAUCUAUUUAAUGGUCUUGUUAACCACAAAAUAGUUAAUGCAUUAGCAAGAUUUUAAGGGAAAAUGUAUACAUUAUUUUAUACAAUUUAUACAUAAGUCUGAAGUAACAACAGCUCUGAAACUGUUCAGUCAAAAUUUAAAUGAAUAAAUAAAAUAAACCAUUUUAUGUUAUUGGCAAUAAAAACUACAACUGCAAAUGUUGCCGGAAUAUAUACAGUGGUACCUCGACAAUAUUAGGAGUGGGGACAUCAAAGCUCACAAUAAUGAUGAUCUGACAAUAUGGUGAUAGAACAAUUAUCGUUACAUUGGUCAGGAAAUCAUUCUAGAAUAUACUACAAAAAACUGUAUUUUUCAGACUAUAAGUCACAGUUUUUUUUCAUAGUUUGGCUGGGGGUGCGACUUAUACUCAGGAGUGACUUACAGUAUGUGUGAAAUUACUAACACAUUAUGAUAUCAUUUCACAUGUUAUUUUGGUGUUUUGGAGUCACACUGAGUGUUUGGUAAACUUGUUAGCAUGUUCUUUAUACUAUAGAUAUCUGAAUAACUCUUAAUAGCUAUGGCCACGUCCGCGUUCUGCCUUUGGCAAUGUGUGUUCAAUAGAAGUGAGCGAAAUUUCCGAUUCUUAAGAUUAUUCGCGAUUCGGUCGUGCAAGAUUCGAGAACAAUUCACAAACAUCCAAAUUCAGAUUAUUGAAAUAUGUCAAGUAAAGCGGAACUAAAACACAGUCAGCGCGAUCUUUGGGACACAAUGAGGAACGGACCACAUUGCGUGCCCAGAGUGAACAUCAUGUUUGUCAUUACCCGGCUAAUGACAAUGCUCAACUCACGGCUCUGGCUCAACUCAUGCCGCUAGAAAAAAAAAAAAAAAAACAAUAAUACCUGACUGCUGCCGACAGCCGCUACAAACUACGUCCAUAUCAUGUUACGGUAGGUAAUAGAUAUCAUGUAUAUAGAACUAGAUACAUGAUGACAGACUCAAUGGCGUUAGCAGCACAUGUAUUGAAAACUAGAUGCAAAAUGACAGACUUGCCGGCUUUGGUAAACAGCCGCCAUCUUAUGUUGUAGCAAAUUUAAUUAACUUUUUAUCUAAAAUACUCCUAAAUCGGCAAAAUCCUAAGUUGAAACUAUCUUUAAAACGAUUUUAAAACUUUCACAUGUCUAAAGUUUCACAUGUCUAAAUUUUUUAACGGUUGAUUCACAACAUUAAAUUAAUUAAAAAAUAGUUUAAAGCUGCUGAUACAGAAUGGGGACUUGAAUAUUUUAUUUACUGUUUUGAACUGUUAACUUGAUACUAACAUAGUCGCUCAUUUAAGCCUGAGAGGCUUUUUGUACAAUUUUUGUAACUAAUGUACGAAACAUUUAAAGCAGCUAAUAACUUGGGGGGUUUGUGGGUGUCAUCAAUAAUCAAUUUAUAAUCGAAUCGUUGCCUCUGAAUCAUAAUCGUUAGGUGCCCAAAGAUUCCCACCUCUAGUGUUCAAUUGUAUUAUAUUGAAAUGCAUGCUUUUAGUACGUGGGCGCUUUCACGCCCCCACGUGGGGGCGCACUCACGCUUGUUUACGUGAAGACAAGCGCUCACACGCCAGAAGACGACUGACAGCUACGUAACUCUGAAUGAGAGGGCGAAUUAGCGAGAGAGAAACACGGCUGCGAACCUACGUUCAUUGUUUAUGCUUGUAAAAUAUUUCUACAAAGGCAACGCCUGUGUGUAUCAUCUUUUCUGUUGUUGUUGUUGUUGUUGUGUGUUUUCCACCCGAGAUCGGACACUUAGAGCCACUUGUGCGGACACUUAGAGCCAGUUGUGUGGUUGUUUGAACAAUGUGCUAAUGCUAGCAAACGCAUGCUAACCAUUUGUGUCAUUGCUGUAAUAGCACCUAAUUAUCAUUUAUUUAUCGAGGACGAAAUUGAUUCAGCAAAUUAUACGUACGUCCAGCAUCGUCAUUUGGGAGUUUAGCUCGCUGUAUAGCCAGGACCGAGUCGUAGCGUCCUGGUCAGGACAGUAUAUUCACAUUUCGUUGUUCAUGCACUGUACACUGUACACUUAUUCAGCAUGUUGUUCUCUAUUGUAUUUUUAUAUUAAAUUGCUUUUCAAAAUUACAUAUCUGUUCUAUGUGUUGGAUUUUAUCAAGUAAAUUUCCCCCAAAAAUGUGACUUAUACUCCCGUGCGACUUAUAUGUUUUGUUUUUUGUUUUUUCUCUCUUCGUGGGGCAUUUUAUGAGUGAUGCGACUUAUACUCAGGUGCGACUUGUAGUCUGAAAAAUACGGUAAUAAACAGAAAAACAAGCUUCUGCUGUGAAUAGGAAUGACUUUAUCACUAGUAGACGUCCAAUCCAUUUGAACUGGGAGGGUGGCAGCCAUCCCUCCCACUUUAAACGGAUUGAACGUCUAUUGCCAUCAGUGGCAGCCGAUGGCAGGCAAUGAGGUAAUUUUGGGCCAUUUAAGAUCAUUUACCUGUUGAUUUUCAGUUACUUCCUGUUGAUUUUGGGUUAUUUUAUGGGUCACUUCCUUUUUAUUUUGCGUUACAGAAUAGGAAAUGACCUGGAAAUCACACAAAUGAAUAGGCAGUGACUCAAACUCAACAGGAAAUGACCCCUAAAUGCCCUGAAAAUCGGACAGAAUGACUGUGAAUGCUCUGGUUUCGAAUGAACGAACAUUCACAGUCUAAAUGGAUUUGACAUCGAGCACAGUCAGUGCAGCCUAAGAGUUAACUGAGACACUAUUAUGGUGGAAGAUUUUUUUAUUUAUUUUUUUUUUUUAAUGCUAUCUCGAUUCUUGGCAGGCGCAUAUCGAUAACCUUUUGGGAUACAAAGUAUCACAAUAUAUCACCAUUUCAAUAUUUUGUCACACCCCUACUCGACAUACAAAGUUAAUUCGUUCCAGGACCUUGUUUGUAAGUCAAAAUGGUGGUAUGUUGAGCAGGGGUUUCCCAUAAGAAUACAUUAUAAUUCCAUUAAUUCAUUCCACAGCCCGAAAACCUCCACUAAAUCCUUAAUAAAUACUGCUGGUACUAUUGCAAAUAGCAAUUAAACAGAGCAAAGCAAAUAAAUUAUGAAUACAAAUUGAAAUAAUACUAUAAUAAUAGUAAUAAUACCUAUAAUAAUGUAAUGUAUGUGUAAUGUAAGUCGUCAGAUGUAGAAACAUUUGGCGAGUCAAAUUUUACAUCGGAUGUCGAAAAGACUGUGUGUCGAAGCAAUCUCAUCGAGGUACCGUUGUAAACCACUGUACCUAUAAUGCAUCAUAACCUAACCUAGUAAAAGGGACAAAAAAUACACGUGGAGUAAAGUAAAAGUAACUUCCUCAGGUAUUUGUUGUGGAAGAAAGUUUGUUAAAAUAUAUAUAUAUAUAUAUAUAUAUAUAUAUAUAUAUACUGAGGCAUUUUUAAAGAUGAGAUUUAAAAAUUAUAUGUGAAUAUCCUUGUAGCCAUACAGUAUGUAUUUAAAUAUGUAUAUUAAAUGUCACAUUAUGUGUCUCAUCAGCCUCUGUGAUGGAGGUAGACAUUCU